GCCCAGUGAAGAAGAGGGUGAGUGAGUGCUGCAGAGAGAGUGCUGCAGAGAGAGUGCUGCAGAGAGAUUGCUGGGAGGUGGGACAGGGCGAGUGCAGGAAUAGACUGCCGGCCUCGUGUGUGCUGCAUUGUGUGGGCAGCCUUCCGUCUCCUCUGAGAAGAUCAGUAGAUCGCCAGCUCUGCAGGCCCGUCCCUGGGAGUGCCAUUGUGUUGGGCCUUUUUGCUGAAUGCCAAUCUACAACAGCACUCUGGCUAUUUACGUUAUCCAGCGAAUAAUCCCAACCAGUCACACAAGAUGGCAGACGAAGAUCUCAUCUUUAACAUGGAGGGCCUUGAUAACAUCGACUUGGCCAAAGACCGAUGCUCAGAUUACAACAAGGCCGACAGCGAUGAGGAAGACAAUUUCUACAUCUGCCCUAUCACCGACGACCCAGCUGCGCAGCACCAGACCAAAAAGAAAAGUCCAUGUUUCUUUACCAACUUGGUGAAAAAGACAGAAUAUGGAACUAGUUCCUCCCCUCGGAACAGUUUUAAGGAGGCCUGGAAGCAUGCCAUUCAGAAAGCUAAGCAGAUGCCUGAUCCAUGGGCUGAGUUUCACUUGGAAGACAUUGAGACAGAGCAUGCUAUCAGGCACAGGUACAAUGCUGUAUCUGGCCAGUGGGUUCAAGAUGAUGUACUAAUUAAAAUGGCCUCUCAGGCGUUUGGCAGGGGAGCCAUGAGAGAAUGUUACCGAACGAAAAAACUCUCCAACUUCUCACACAAACAGCAGUGGAAGAGCGCAUAUAAUUAUGUGUCCAAACGAUACUUAGAGACUGUGGACAGAGAUGUGUACUUUGAGGACGUCCGACUCCAGAUGGAGGCAAAGCUGUGGGGAGAGGAAUACAACAGACACAAACCACCAAAACAGGUGGAUAUCAUGCAAAUGUGCAUUAUUGAAAUGAAGGACAGGCCUGGCAAACCGCUUUUUCACCUUGAACAUUACAUCGAGGGAAAGUAUAUUAAAUAUAACUCAAAUUCUGGGUUUGUACGAGAUGACAAUAUCCGCCUCACUCCUCAGGCCUUCAGUCACUUCACAUUUGAGCGCUCAGGACAUCAGCUGAUUGUUGUUGAUGUACAAGGAGUUGGUGAUUUAUACACUGAUCCUCAGAUCCACACAGAGAGUGGGACGGAUUUUGGAGAUGGAAAUUUAGGGGUACGAGGGAUGGCUCUGUUUUUCCAUUCUCAUGCUUGCAACAGAAUUUGCAAAAGCAUGGGACUGACACCCUUUGACAUUUCGGCCAAAGAAAAGGCUGUUUUGGAUAACUGCAGCAAAAUGUUGCAAACAGCCCAGACUGUUGUUCGUGGCAUUGAGGAAAAGUGUGGCAGCAAUCGGGUCAGAACCAUGUCUGGCAGCCGCCCACCUCUUCUCUCACGUCUCUCUGAAAACUCUGGAGAUGACAUGAGUGACAUGGCGUUCGAUUCCUUACCUAGCUCACCUUCCCCAGUCACCCCCCACGGCCAUCGAUUCGAUUCGCAUGGUUGGCCUAUUUUUAAUGAGGUCGACAACUUACUUAACGAAGAAAACAAUAACUUGGACAAUCAUAGAGACUCUGAAAAUGGAGGGGAUAGUGGAUGUCCCAGUGAAAAGAGAAGUGAAUCUGAUGAGCUGGAACACAGAAUCCAUAACGUCGGCAGGAGACGUUUUGAGUCAGAAUCCGAAGACAGUUUUGGAAAGGUCAGUGUGGAAAAAUGGAACCAGUUCCACGCUUCCCGAGUUCAUGUCCACAGACCCUCUUGUGUGGCGUUUGAAGUAGAAAGACUUAAUGCUCUGGAACUAGAGAAGAAAAUCGGGAAAUCGAUUCUAGGAAAGGUUCACUUGGCCAUGGUGCGUUAUCAUGAAGGGGGGCGUUUCUGCGAGAAAGACCAAGAAUGGGAUCAGGAAUCUGCCAUUUUUCAUCUGGAACACGCUGCUCACUGUGGGGAACUUGAAGCCAUUAUUGGCCUUGGCCUCAUGUACUCACAGUCACCCCAUCACAUACUGACUGAUGUAUCUGUCCAGGACACAGAAGAUAAUAGGAUAAAAGGAUUUAACUAUUUGUUGAUGGCAGCAGAAGCAGGAGACCGUCCUUCCAUGAUUCACGUUGCCCGAGCUUUUGAUACUGGUGUGAACCUUGGUUCAGACAGGAUAAAGGACUGGCAAGAAGCCCUCUUCUGGUACGAUUCUGCACUCAACAUGACAGAUUAUGAUGAAGGUGGUGAAUAUGAUGGAACCCAAGAUGAACCCAAAUACUUGCUGCUGGCUAGGGAAGCAGAAAUGUUACUUACUGGGGGAUUUAACCUUCAGAAGGACCCACAGCGAUCUGGUGACUUGUACACAGAAGCUGCUGAAGCAGCAAUGGAAGCAAUGAAAGGGAGGUUGGCCAAUCAGUACUACCAGAAGGCAGAGGAGGCCUGGGCGUGUAUGGAGGAGUAGUGUUUCUGGUCUUAGAAAAAAAGGACAAAGGCAGCUUAACUAUGGCAGCAGACUGAAAAGAAUACAAUCUGAGUUUGUUACAGAAUUUGUUUAUUUUUCCUGGAUUGCUCUAAUGCUUGUUUACAUUGAGAAAAAUAUACAGAAUCUUAUAUUUUUAAGAGAUAUUUGAGGGGGCUGCAUAUAUCUACAGUUCUGCUCACUGUCAGUGUACCUUUUUACCAACAGAAAAAAACUAAUUUCUGCACUUUAACUUGCGUUGCCAUCCAGCAACCCUUUCCCUAUAUUGCAGGAAUCAAUUAUCUCGCAUGUUCAAAUCCACAAAUAGGAGCAAUUUUAUUUACAUUUCUGCCUAGGACCAUAGUUCAAUCACCAGGUAAAAAGCUAAAGCAACAAGAUCCCAUGUUGCCAUGCACCAAAGAAAGUUUUAAUGCAUAUGGACAAGAGUUAGAGGUUACUGACAAAAACCUACAAGUCCCAGAAGCUCAUCUUGUGGGGAGGGCAUGGGCCAGGAGGAAAAUAAAUGGAAUUAAUGGAAAUAUUAAUACAUAUCAUGUUCAGGUCCCUCAGGCAAUGUUCACUCUAAUUUUUAAUUUCUUCUUGGCUAUGUGAGCAAAUAAAAAGUUUUCUGUGCACAUUUUAAAAAACAGUGUGUUCAGGUUAAAGUUGCUACAAAAUGUUGUGUUUACACACAAAAUUCUUUGUGCGCACCUCAAUUUGUUGUGUGUUGCUGGUCUCAAAAUGUGAGCUUAGAGGGAACAUUGUCCCCAGGCCACCCCCACUGUUGUGGGCUCUGCUUCUUAUAUUACCAAUUGCAAAGGGAGUAUCGCAAGGGAAUGCGGUACAUUACAAAGGAAAGGGUAAUGUUUGUCAAGUUGCUUGUUGUGCCAUAUAUUAUAGAUCCUUUAUGAUUUAUGGGUUUAUGGCAUUGCCCUUAUUUUUUCUUAAUAAUAUUUAUCAAGAGGAAAAAAUUAAUAGAGAAAAUUGCCAUGAAUUGUUAUGAGAAAGUGCACAAGAGCAUAUUGUUUCUAACUAUAUAUUAUGCAGAGUGGUCAGGUACGUAGCUGGUUAUACUGACAUUGGUACGUUCCCUGCAUGAUUAUUGUGCAACAAGCUGCAUGAGAAAAAAUAUUUCUAAAGAAGAAUUUAACCUGAGAUGCAGCUUCUUGUUGUGCUGUUCACAAAGGGGUUUGCUAACUGGGGUUUGCCGCCUUUAUUUGUACUUUAUUUGUACGCAAUCUAAUCUGCCAGUUGCUUUUUUAAAUAGACCCUGUGGGAAACUUAAGGACAUUUCUCUUUACAUUCUGUAUUUUCCUUUUGGUUGAAUUUAGGAUUAGUUUUCAACAACUAAUUAAAGAAAAAAUAUAUGAAAUAUUCACUGCUCUAAUCAGGAUUAAUAGGGCAGAUGAUUUCUUAACAAAUGUCUCAGUGCAGAAGUUUCCUCUCACUCAGAUAUAAAGGGCUUUUAAUAUUGUGAGAAUUGUGUUGUGGUGAUUUACUGCAUAUGUGAAGCUUCAAAUCAGUUGAAUGCGUGAAUUUGUCACUAUGGACCAUGCAGAUUCUCCGGGGGAAUAGAGUGUAUCUCACACAAGUGCAGCCAUAUGGUGCAGCACCUUCCUUACCACUGAAUCCUAAUUUGUUGUGAUAAUUGGGCAGUAACCCUUAGCAUGAGCCUACUAAAUAGGCUAAAAUUGCAUUCUGGUGAUGCACAGAACAGCGAACUUGAAAGUACUUCCAUUUUACUCUUGACCCUAAAACUAGACACACAUUGAAAGAUCCGCUUGUUUGGCGAGGUGGCCUUGGUGUGGGUGAUAUCGGAAUGAUCCAAUCAUUUAGCCCUCGAACCAAAAAAUCAGAUCACAUUUACAACAUACAGAGCCGCAUCAACAAACCUAUGCGCUCCUCGUCCCGAUGGGAUUUUUAAACCUGCUGGUCGGCAUCCUGCUGAUUCAGACAUUGGCAGUCUUUAUUGGCCCAUGUAUGGCCGCUUCAAAUCAUUAGUUCCUCAGAGCAUUUGUAGAAUGGGGAGAAGUAAAUGAGAUCAAUAAAAUAUUCUUCCCAGUUACAUAGUUACAUAGUUAUAUAGUUACAUAGGGUUGAAAAAAGACCAUUGUCCAUCAAGUUCAACCCAUCCAAGUAAACCCAGCACACAGUUAAGUCCCUUGUAUAAUGAUAGUUGUAAGGAUAAAAAGAAAAUCUUUUCAAUACAAACAUUAUUUAUAUGGUUCAUGCUGAACACAGGUUUCUAAUGUCCAUUUAAACACAGGGCCCCAAAGACUUCUGCGAAAUUUUCCUUUAAUUUUUUUUCUUGUUUAUUAUAGUGUCAUGAAUUUUCAUAUAGAAACACCAUUGGGAUUUUGAUCUAUUAUUCUUUCCUUUAAUUUUUUUUCUUGUUUAUUAUAGUUUCAUGCAUUUUCAUAUAGAAACACCAUUGGGAUUUUGAUCUUAUAUUUUUUUCAUAUGUUAGAGAUCAUAAUUUGUUGUUGUUUGUGGAUAAUUAAAUAAUAUUGUUUCAUUCAACGAAAUGCUUAAUGAGAAAGUAUUACUAGAGGAUUGAAAUAUAUAGAACAUGCUGGGUGUGUUUUUUAUUCAAAUGCCAGAGGAUGGUUUUAACUCCUUUCAUUGUGUUUCUGUGUAUAAAAACCUGCUUUUUAACCAGGGCGAAAUACUGUCUUUAAAAGCUUACCCUCUAGAUAAAUCUGCCCGUUAUGACUAGAGCAGAAUGCAUGCUGUAAAGCAGUGAUCCCCAACCAGUGGCUCGGGGGCAACAUGUUGCUCAUCAACCCCUUGGACGUUGCUCCCAGUGUCCCCAAACCAGGUAGUUAUUUCUUAAUUCCGGCCUUGGUGGCAAGUUUUGGUCGAAUAAAAACAAGAUUUACUACCAAAUAAAGCCUCCCGUAAGCUGAUAGUGUGCAUAGAGGCUGUCUAAUAGCCAAUCUUAGCCCUUACUUGGCUCCUCCAUGAACUUUUAUGGUGCUUGUGUUGCUCUCUCAAAGUUGGGGACCCCUGCUGUAAAGGUUCCCAUGUCUUGGCGUACAUUAGUUGCCUAUUCUGCCCCUCUGCCAAACUGGCAACUGAUCGUCUAUGAAUGGGACCAAAAUUUAGAUAAGAAGUGUGAUGAGCAGAUAAUCAUCUGAAAAACAGUGUGCAGCCCUUGAGCACAUAAUUAGUUUGAUAUCACUGGCCCUACGGACGGACAUUUGCUUCAGCGUGAUGUGUUCACUUGGGUGGCUAUAUUGGACAAAGAUCAACUUUUGUAAUAAGGUGGCCGAACAAGCACUACAGCUCACAGCUGCCUUACCUAGGUUAUUGGUAAUGUCUGAAAGGACACAUCAUAGAUGCCAUCUAAAAAUAUUGCACUGUACUUUGUUCUUGUGAGAUCAAAUGCAUCUCCCCUUUAGUCCUGUGGCUUCACAAGAUAUUUUGAUCACAGCAAUCUUAAAACACAAAGGCAUAAGUGCUGAGCAAGUAUCACAAAAGAUUACAGUGCAGAGUAGUGGGAAGCAGCUGCAAUGGACAUUGGGUCCCCAGAUGUUGCUAGUAACCCAAGCUUAAUAAGCAGGGCUCUAGGCAAUUGAUUUAUUUGGCUAAUGUCACACAAGGCUCCACUGGCAAAGAUAUGCCAAUAUAUGUUUCAGCAACAUUUGAAGACAUAGCGUUUGGCCUGUUAAUGCAGUCACACGUUUUUGGGCAAAAACCCACUGUGUGAGCAGAUGCUGGGCCUUUCGGUGCUUACUAAACACUGGGCAGAUAGAAGUGGAUGGUGUAAAACACCAACCAAGGAAACAACACAUGUAACUGUAGCCUUGGAUCUUAGCUUUAUGGCACCUACCAUUAAAAUGCAUAGAAUGCCUCAUCACUUUUGUUAGAAAUAUGGCAAAUUUUAUCUAGUGCAGUGCCCUCCAGUUUGUAACCAGGCUUGACACUGAUUAAGAAGCAUGUUAAUCUAAUGUUUCAAAGCAAUACAUUAGUUUUAAACACCAGCCAAGUAAAUGCCAAGGUCCCUGCAGACUGAAAACCCAUGAUUUAGUCCCAAGGGGAUGGAGGAUACCCAGAGAUAUAUUUAAGUAGAGCUAAUGUAUUGAGGGCUGAUUCUUGCAGCGUCUGUAAUUCAUUGCAGUGUGAGCAUCAAAAAAUGAUAAAGUUAAAAAAAAAAACAGUUUUUGCAUUUUAAAUUCUGAUUAUUUUAUCAAUCCUAAAAAUAUUUGUGGUUUCUGCGAAAUUUGAAUGAAUCCAAAAUGUGAUGCACCAUUGUUUGUAUAGGUUCAUACAAAUUGGUUUAUGUUUACAGAAAUAUAUGCAAUGUUUUGUGUGAAAUCCUUUAGGGAUUAUGCUAGAGAUGCUUGUGUUCAUAAAAUGAUGAAAAAAUACUUUUAUUACAGUAAUUUUCAUGUUUUACCUAUGAAAUUGAGAGAAAGGUAUUGUGUGUAUGCAUUUUGUUUUCUUAUUUCCUUCUUUGAAAAAUAAAAUGUAAAAAUGUAUUUAAAAAAAAAAUACAGAGCAGCUUGGUUGAAAGGACGUGCAAAUGACUUUGAUGUGCAAAUGUUCUAUCUGUUUUAUUAACUGUUCCCUGUUUAAACUGAUUUUCAAAAUAAAGCAGUUCAUCCUGUUUAA